CUCCUGGUAUGGGGCCAUCUUGACAGUGGACAACUCGGUAUAGACUGUGCGGCACUUUUAGCGGAUCAUUGCGUCCAUGACGCGAGGUGCAACCCCCGCUACCUCAGGACCCCAUAUGCUGUCCCCGGCAUCAGGUUCUCCACCAUUGGCUGCAGCAUAGACCACAAUAUUGCCGUCUCGAUGAAGGGACAAGCAUACUCUUGGGACUUCAGUGGUUGUUAUCUGACCGGUCUUGGCCCCGACGCAGAUGACGAGAUCAUGAUCCCUACAAGUAUUGAAAACACAGCCACCAGAGGUGCCAGGUGUCAGGAUGACCUUCGCGGCAGCCGGUGGGCAGUUCCCCAUCCUCACUGGAAUUCCCGUAGAAACU